UUGGAGUGUAAUUUAACCACUACCCACCGCGGUCCCGUCUGUCAAAGCUCGUCUGGACUUUACUCUGAGCAGGAUCAAAUCUCCGUGGCAUUAACGCAGAAUGGAUGUGAAACUGCUGGCACUCGUGGCGGCGCUCACGGUGAUGACAUACGCGCCUCCAUCACAAGCCAAACCCAUCAGUCUGGUGGAGAGAUGCUACUGCCGCUCAACGGUCAACAACCUCCCACGGGCUUACAUCCGAGAGCUCAGGUUCAUCCACACGCCUAACUGCCCCUUCCAAGUGAUUGCCAAGCUGAAGUCAAACAAAGAGGUGUGUGUGAACCCAGAGGUCCGGUGGCUGCAGCAGUACCUGAAGAACGCUAUCAACAAAAUGAAGAAAGCCAAGCAGGGCAACUAAAAAGCCUGCAGCGGUCCUCCUGAGCCAUCCCUGAGGAUUUGGACCAUCAUCAUCAUCACCACAGAUAUGCCUUGUGUGAUGAGAUCAUCUGGUAUGUUGUACAGCACUUAACCUGGCUGCCACACUGCAGCCUCCUUUUGCAUGGAAUGAACCUACAUCUCUUCACCAUGAGACACCGAUCCACCAGCCCUGCUGCCAUCUUCACCAUCAUCACUCUCACCACAUAUAGACGUCAUAAAUGUUACUAGUGCAAAUAUAUCUGUGAGUGUAUGUUUUUCUAACUAUAAUGUAUAUACUUUUUUGUUAAUGGAUGUCAACAGUAAAGAGCUAAGCAGCAGAGUCCUGUGGUCUGCUGAGGCAGGAGAAAAUGCAUUUAUCGUAACAAAUCCUAAACAUGGGAUCUGGUUAUCCUGAUGAUCUCUGAUUUUAAAUUGUACAAACAGAUGAACGACAGCCUAUAGUUUCUCCUCUGAACACCAAGGAUUAUGCAGAGCUACAGAGUUUGCCAGGUUGUAUUUCAUGUUUCAAGUUAAUUGGCGCCAUGGAAUUUCAGUGGGUGCCAGCUACCCCCAGACUGAAUAUAAGAUGUGUACAAGAUCCUUGUAAAAAAAAAAUUGCAAUUACAAUGUGAUGGAAAUUAGGAUGCCAAAAGAGCUUGAGCAUUUCCUGAGCCGUUCUGUUGCUGUGAUUAUGCGACCCUGUGUUACCCAACAAAUCUGCUUUUUUUUCAUUCUUAGAGAACAGCUGAACAUCUGGAUCCCAAACACUUCUAAUUGAGCAACCAAUAAGUUGAAAUUUACUGGAAUCAUAAAGCUGUGUCAGUUAACUAAAGACGCUAAGAACAAAUCGUGACACAGUCAGUGGUAUUACUAAACUCAUGUUAGCUGGAAUCAGACUGAAAAAACCUCUCAGUAUGAAUGUUCAUUACAAAGAAGGGUGUACAGCAAUUUGAAUAACAGCUACCAUAUCAGUAGUUAGAACAAUAUUAUAUACUGAGUAUUGAGAAAUUAGAACCAUUACUGACAAUGAAUAGAUGUACAUAGAUGUGACUACCUACAACUGUCAUGCAGAUAGCAACGCACUUUAUAUCUGAUGUAUUCAUGUUUUAAUGUCAAAAUUUACUAUUACUCACUAAGUCUGAUCAUUAAAUUCUGUCUUUGGUCUUUAUAUUUUAUGUUUAUCUCGCUGUUUCCAUUCUGUUCUUUUUGAUCAAUGAAUGUGUAGCUGCAUUUAACUGUUAAAGUCUGGGAGAUCUUAUUCAUCUAUUCACUCAAAUUUCCUUGUCUUAUGUAAAAUUAAUAUUAUACAAAUGUUUUAUUUUUGUACUCUUUUAUGCAUUUAUAUAUUCAAUCUAAACAUUUAAAUGAAGGAACUGUACUCUCACAAUUGAGCCAUCCAGCCAGCUUUUUUAUUGUAAAACUUGUAUGCAGUUGGUCAGUAAAAAAGGAAAUCUUUAAA